UACCCGUUUUGUUUUAUUUUUACACAGCACAUUCAUAUUUUUUCUAUUUUUUCUGCACCCGCUUUUGUAACAUCAACGAUGUCAGAAAAAGGGAACAACAAGGCGCCCGCAGUGGGCAUACCCAAAUACAUGAAGUUUACCAUUGGUGGACUGGCCGGAAUGGGGGCUACAGUUUUUGUUCAGCCUUUGGAUUUAGUGAAGAACAGAAUGCAGCUAAGUGGUGAGGGUGGAAAAAGUCGUCAGUAUAAAUCCAGUGGGCAUGCUCUGAUUACAAUCCUGAGGAACGAGGGACUUUCUGGUAUAUACACUGGACUCUCAGCAGGACUUUUGAGACAGGCCACAUAUACAACAACAAGAAUGGGAAUUUACUCUUCAUUGUUUGAAAAAUUUAGUGUUGAUGGUAAACCACCGAGUUUUAUAAGGAAGGUCCUGAUUGGUGUGUUUGCUGGUGGAGUGGGGGCUUUUGUAGGAACUCCAGCCGAGUUGGCUCUCAUCAGAAUGACAGCAGACGGACGUCUCCCAGUUGAGCAGCAAAGAGGAUACAAAAAUGUUGUGGAUGCAUUGAGGAGAGUGUGGGCAGAGGAAGGAUUCGUGGCUCUUUUCAGGGGAAGUGGGCCUACAAUAGGGAGAGCUAUGGUGGUAAAUGCAUCCCAGUUAUCCUCCUACUCCCAAGUCAAACAGUUCUUCCUAGACAAGAAUGUUAUAAAGGACGGUUUACUACUGCACUUUGUAAGCAGCAUGAUCAGCGGCUUUGUAACAACUGUGUUUUCAAUGCCAGUAGAUAUUGUCAAAACUAGGAUUCAGAACAUGAAAACCAUUGAUGGAAAACCAGAGUACAAAGGAGCAACGGAUGUUUUUCUGCGAACUGUGAGGAAGGAAGGUUUUUUCAGUUUAUGGAAGGGAUUCUUGCCUUACUAUUUCAGACUGGGACCUCACACAGUUCUGACUUUCAUAUUCAUUGAGCAGAUGAAUAAAAUGUACGCAACAGUUGUUUUGAAGGACGCAUCUGCUGGUAGAGGUUUAUAAUUGUGGCAUUGGUAGGAUUUCUAUAUAAUUAUAGAUAUUAGAAAAAAAAUGUUAACUACAUUGUAUACGUACAUUGUAAAAGGCAAAAAUUACUCAUGAAAAUAAAAAUAAUUAGGGUUGAAUUCUGUUCUCCACAGUUGAAUGACAGGGAUUGUUUAUAUUCAUUUAUUUUGUACAAAUUGAUGGACAAAUUGGAGGUUUCUCAUUUUGAGGGCAGCUUAUACAAAAGGAUAGCAUAAUCAUUGUUUUAGUUAACACUGUGGUGCUAGGCAUUAAAUAUGUUGGGUUAAUUACAUGGCCUAUGAUACUUUGUAACAUUAUUUUGAUUUAAAAAUACAUAUGAAUUUUAUUUGAUAAUAAGAUUUUU